GCUCGCGCAGGCAGGCCCUAUGGGGCUUCUCUAGGACCUGAGCAGGGGUCCCGCUAGCUGCCCCGCUCUCACCCCAGAGGCGCUGCCAGCCCUGAGCUGCGCACGCCCUAGUCACGGUGCUGCCGUGAGGUGGCGCCGGGCGGGCUGCGAGCUACGGCCGGAAGCGCUGUCGCGGCGCCUUGCUUCGGUCACGGGCUGGCGAAACGGGCAGGUGCCGCCGGGCCUGGGGUGGCUGGAGGGCCGAGGCCCUAGCAAGACCUGGGGCAAAAUCUGGGUGUGUGUCGAGCGGGCUGUGAUUGGCGCUGCUGCCCAGGACCAGCCCUUCGAGGCGUGAGGUGACCCGACAUCCUCUCUGGGGGCUGCAGGAUCAGCCCCCUCCCCAGCCCGCGCAGCAAGUUGCAGAAGUCUGUCCAAGCUGAAACAUCUAAAGUAGAAAGCGAGUGUGAAUUUCAGUUCCGAUUACUCAGAGACUGUCCUUGAAAAGGAGAAAAUGUGAUGUCUGUGGUGCAUCAGCUGUCAGUUGGGUGGCUACUGGAUCAUCUUUCCUUCAUCAACAAGGCUGGAUACCAGCUUUGCCCCUCUCACCAAUACCCUGCUCCCUCGGCUUCUCGUGUUGCUCCUGUUUCUUCCGCCCCCUCUACAGAGGAUCUUGUUGCUCCUUCCACCAUUGAUAUUACUUACUCUGCUGGAGCUGCAGUACAGAGAGCAGAAGCAACGCUAAAGAAAGAGAAAAAAUAUGUGUUUCGGGAAGAGUUCUUUCAUGUUUUUAAGCCCCAUAUAGUUUCAGCUUCCCAACAGAAGCCCCAGCAAGGAAACUCUGAUGCUGGCCCAAGGGAGGGGAAAGACAGUGGCAAUGGAACAGAGCAGCACGAAGGAGCAAAGAACAGUGAUGGGGAUUCCUUUGCCAGUGCUAGGAAGAAAAAUAAAAGAAAGUGUAGUGUGUUCAAUCAAGGUGAACUGGAUGCUUUAGAAUACCAUACAAAGAUUAGGGGGCUGAUAUUGGAAGGAACCAGGUGUUUAAUCGAAGAAGGACUCAAAAGUGGUUUUCUUCACCCCAUUUCUGCAAAACAGAGUAGCAUCAAGAAUGUUGUUACAGGACAUGUUGGCUGUGGGAUGGCUGAAUUAUGUGAAAUGGCAAAACAUUUUCCUUCUCUGAAUGAAAAUGACCACAGAUCUGCACAAAUUAUAGAUGAGGAAACAUCCAUUCUAGAGCAGGAUCUGCUUUCAUGCGUUACAGAGAACGAUACAGACUAUGCAAAGAUAAUAAAUUUAAUGGGGCAGAAGUACCUGGUGCCGCCAAAAAGCAGUUUCCUUUUAUCUGAUAUUUCCUGCAUGCAACCACUUAUGAAUUAUAAGAAUAAAUAUGAUGUAAUUGUGAUAGAUCCACCAUGGCAGAACAAGUCUGUUAAAAGAAGUAACCGAUACAACCACUUGUCUUCCUGGCAAAUCAAGCAAAUUCCCAUACCAUCACUAGCUGCUCCAAAUUGUCUUGUGGUCACAUGGGUGACCAAUAGACAGAAGCACCUGCGUUUUGUUAGGGAUGAACUUUAUCCUCAUUGGUCUGUGAAGACUCUUGCUGAGUGGCACUGGGUGAAAAUUACCAGAUCUGGAGAAUUUGUAUUUCCAUUAGAUUCUUCCCACAAGAAACCCUAUGAAGUCCUUGUGUUGGGGAGAGUUCAAGGAAUAAUAGAUUUUCCAUUAAGGAAAUCAGACGUGGAAGUACUUCCAAUUCCAGACCACAAAUUAAUUGUCAGCGUACCCUGCACUCUUCAUUCACACAAACCUCCUCUUACUGAGAUUCUGACAGAAUAUAUCAAACCUGAUGCGGAAUGUUUGGAGUUGUUUGCUCGCUGCCUGCAACCUGGUUGGACCAGUUGGGGAAAUGAGGUUCUUAAAUUCCAACACAUUGAUUAUUUCAUUGCUCUGCACAACGAAAAUGAAGUAGGAUCUUUUAGCUUAACUUGAAAACUGCCCCACUCCCCAUAGUUCUAGAACACGAUUUUAUUAUGAGGGGUGCACUCAGAAGGCAAUGUAAAUGAAACAGACACUUAAAUUGCAAUCCUCAUAGUGCUUAGCCUUCUGAUUAGAUUAUGGUGGUGUCUUCGGUUUCACAAGGAGUUCCUGUAUUUUGAUUCCCCUUGAGAAGCAGGGCAGAUCACUUGAAAUACAUGCUUUUGAAUCAGAUUGAUUUUCUGAAAGAAAAUACUACUUUGGAUCUGUGACAAAUCAGAAAACAAGGGAAACUGAAGUAAAUAAGUAUAAAUACAGCAUAUCUUACCACAUAGUCAUGUGCCCUUCUAUCCGCUGAGAAGAAGGUACGUUGACUGGUACAUAGUCUAUAUUUCUAAAAAUUACACUUUUAAAAGAGUCAACAAUUCCAUCUUUUUUUAAAUGCUGUUAAUACUUUGAGUAUGGUCUCAAUAUCUUACAAAUUCUGCAUAUUAAGGCAUAUAUAUAUUGCAAAAGUUUAGCAGAAUAUAAAUAUUUUCUAAACUGUUUCCUCAUUCUUGAAAACAUUUUAAAAACUAAGCUAUGCUUCAUGUUUCAAUUUAUACCUGACUUACUUUUUUUAGCUCCUCUUUCUUGUAAUGUUCUUGAAAAAUAUUUAUUUAAAGUUUUAUAUCUUUUCUUUUGAACUGAUAACUGUUUCUGCAAUAAUUAAAUUAUUUUUAGAAUGAUAUACUGCAUAUGUCCUUUGCUUCCCCUUAGGUUUUACUAUGAAAAAGAUAACUGUUUAAUGAAACAUUGUUAUUUGUAUGCAACAUUAGAGGCAAAGAGAUCCUUCAGAAGAUACAUUGCCAUUAUUGAUAACAAGAAGCAAAAUAAAUCAUACACCUCAAAUUAAAUAAACUUUUGAUUGUUUUUAACCAAA